GCAUAUCUAACUGACCCCAUUGUUCUGCUCUUCAUCAGUUAUGGUGGUUCAGUACUUUUUUAGAAAAACAGGCAAAAUCGGGCAGCGCCUGUGGCUCAGUGAGUAGGGCGCAGGCCCCAUAUGCCGAGGGUAGCGGUUCAAACCCGGCCCCGGCCAAACUGCAACCAAAAAAUAGCCGGGCAUUGUGGCGGGCGCCUGUAGUCUCAGCUGCUCGGAGGCUGAGGCAAGAGAAUCGCUUAAGCCCAAGAGUUAGAGGUUGCUGUGAGCCAUGUGACGCCACGGCACUCUACCCAAGGGCGGUACAGUGAGACUCUGUCUCUACAAAAAAAGAAAAACAGGCAAAAUAUAUUGUUAUAUCUAAAGUAAUGAUCCUUCCAGGAAUUGUCUCUAUUGUAUCAUACAAUAUUAUUCAUUGAGAACUGAAAGGAAAAAUUUCUUUCAAGUUUUGUAUUAGACUUCUCCUAAACAGGCCCUUUUUUUUUUUUUUUUUUUUUGAGACAGGGUCUCAUUCUGUUGUCUGGGCUCAUCAUAGCUCACUGCAACCUCAAACUCCUAGGCUCAAGGGAUCCUCCUGUCUUAGUUCCCAAGUAGCUGGGACUACAGGUAUGAGCCACUACACUCAGCUAAUUUUUCUACUUUUUGUAAAAAUGAGGUCUAACUAUGUUACUCAGGUUAGUCUUAAACUCCUGGCCUCAAGCGAUCCUCCCACCUUGACUUCCCAAAGUGCUGGGAUUAAAGGAUGAGCCACUGUGCCUGGCUCUAAAUAGGCUUUUUGGUUUUGGCUGAUGGAUACUCUGAAUCUUGUAACUCAUUGUGCAUCCUUAUUUAUUUAUUUUUUUGAGUCUCACUUUGUCACCCUUGGUAGAGUGCCAUGGCGUCACAGCUCACAUCAACCUCCAACUUUUGGGUUCAAGUGAUUCUCUUGCCUCAGCCUCCUGAGUAGCUGCGACUACAGGCACCUGCCACAAUGCCCAGCUAUUUUUUAGAGGUGAGGUCUUGCUCUGGCUCAGGCUGGUCUUGAACCUACCUGACUGCUGGGAUUACACUCUGAAUCCCAGAAUGCUGGGAUUACAGGUGUGAACCACUGAGCCCAGCCCUGUAUCCUUGUUUUCCUCAUCAAGAGGUAGGAGUUGGCAGGGUACGGUGGCUCACGCCUAUAAUCCCAGCACUUGGGAGGCCGAGGCAGGUGGAUCACCUGAGGUCAGGAGUUUGAGAUCAGCCUAAGUAAGAGCAAGAUCCUGUCUCUAUAAAAGAAAAGUAGCUGGGCGUUGUGGCAGGUGCCUGUAGUCCCAGCAAUUCAGGAGGCUGAGGUAAGAAAAUUGCAUAAGCCCAAGACUUUGAGGUUGCUAUGAGCUGUGACACCAUGACACUCUAUUGAGGGCGACAAAGUGAGACUCUGUCUCAAAAAAAAAAAAAAAAAGAGCUAGGAGUCAAGGCCAGGUGCAGUGGCUCACACCUAUAAUCCUAGCACUCUGGGAGGCCAAGGCAGGUGGAUUGCUUGAGCUCAAGUUCCAGAACAGCCUGAGCAAGAGACCCCAUCUCUAAAAAAAAUAGCUGGGUGUUGUGGCAAGAGCCUAUAAUCCCAGCUACUUGGUAGGCUGAAGCAAAAGGAUCACUCGAGUCCAAGAAUUUGAGUUUGUUGUGAGCGAUGAUACCACGGCACCCUACUGAGGGCAACAAAGACUCUGCCUCAAAAGAAAAAGAGGGAGGAAUCAAAUCUGAAGUCUGCUGCUGCCAAAUGAAUGAAUCUGUACAAUAUGCACUUUAGUGGAUCACUCAACAAAUGUUUCCUGAAUAUCCACUAUGUUCCAAGCAAUUUUAUAUACCAGGAGUAUAGUAGUAAUGGAAAAGGGGAUCACGGAAGGCCCUUAUGGAACUUACAUUAUGGAGGAAGAGAGACAAACACUAGAGGAAAAACCCACUAAGAUCCCAGGUAUUCAUAAGUAUUAAGAAGAAAAAUAGAGACAACUUGCCAUGCCGCUCCCAGCCACAGCCUCGGUGCCUCGCUCAGCUCCAGCAUGGCAAAAGUCCCCAGCCCCACUGAGACCGAGUGGUGCAUUGAGUCCCUGAUCGCUGUGUUCCAGAAGUACGCUGGAAAGGACAGCUACAGCUACACCCUGUCCAAGACUGAGUUCCUGAACUUCAUGAACACAGAGCUGGCUGCCUUCACAAAGAAUCAGAAGGACCCUGGCGUGCUUGACCGCAUGAUGAAGAAACUGGACCUCAACUCUGAUGGGCAGUUAGAUUUCCAAGAAUUCCUUAAUCUUAUCGGAGGCAUGGCUGUGGCUUGUCAUGAAUCCUUUCUCAAGGCUGCCCAUCCUCACAAGCGGAUGUGAGGACCCCACCUGGCCUCCAAACCCACCCCAUUUCCUUCUAGACCCCAUCAUCAACCCCUCCUCAGAGCCCACACAUCCCCUGAGCCCAGCACACCCACCACCCCAUGCAGGCCUCACUUGCAGUUAGCAAUAAAACAGUAUCAUUUAAAAAAAAAAAAAAAGAAG